AUGGAAGAAGGUACUUCUUUAUUUGAGGCAAGACUUGCGCAUGACUUAACGAUAAGCUUGGAGCCAUCAGAAGUGAUCACAUGCAUCAGCGGGAGUGCUACAGAGGUGUUUGUAGGCUCGUCACUUGGUCGAAUAUUCCAUUUUCGAAUCAGUGAAAAGGAAGGAAAUCGACAAAUGAGACCCAUCCAAAUGAUUCGAUUGCCAAUUAAAACCCCGAUAGCAUCGCUUGAUUAUGCCUCGGCUUUAGAGCUUUUAAUGGCAAUUGCUAACUCGACUCUCUACGAGAUUUCUCUGGAAACAAAAGAGAUCAUCAAUCACAAAUCAGAAGUGAUCUCCUUUUCCAUCAACAACUCUCCCACAAAUGAUAAUCCAUUUGUUCUCCAGUUCGCGCUGGGAACUUUGGGCAAAAAGAUCCUGUUAAUGGAAAAGAACAACUACCAAAAUGAGGCAAUUCAAAGGAUAACUUGUCCCGGAUUAGUCUUAUCGUUGGCAUACAACAAACAUAGUAUUUGUUAUUCGUCUGGAAGUGAAUAUUUUGUGUACGAUAUUCAACGAAGAGUGGCUAUUCCUUUAUUUCCAUUUGAUGCACAGCUCUUGCGGAGACCACUUGUCUCAGUAGUUGAUCAAUCGGAAUAUCUCUUGGUUGGAAUGGAUGGUUUGUGUAUUUUCGUCUCUCCAUCAGGUGCCAGUACUCGUCCUCCAUUCCACAUUCCAUCACCGCCAAUCAGAAAUUUCCUCUUCUCGCAACAAUUUAUUUAUGUUUGCACUGAUGGAAAGAUCUAUGGCAUUUCAAACAACAAUCUACGAAUUGAGCAAGUGAUAGAGAUUGACGGAGUUCGAACGAUUGCCAACUUGGAUGGAAGAAUAUUUGGCGGAUCAAACACUGGAAUUUACGUUGUGGAACCGAUAUCCUGGGAAUCACAGGUGGAAACUCUCCUCGAAAAGGGCAAAACGAAUGAAGCACUGAAAACCGCGGAAGAAAGGGUUAAGAACAAUUUCUCUGAUGAAGGAUUUCUGAAGCUAAAUGAUCUCCGGCAGAAAAUUGGCUUUCAAUGUUUCUUUGAGGGAAAUUUCGAGAAAGCCAAUGAGCUCUUCAACGAAGGAGAACUUGAUCCAUUUGAACUGAUUCAAUUGAUCCCAGAGCUGAACAAUGAUUUCCGUGCUACUCAUCUGCACAAUUAUUCUUCAAUCAAAGAUGUGCAAAACGCAGAUCAAGAUUCGAUCAUUGACUUCAUCAAGAAAUAUUUAGUUUCUAAGCAACGAGAAGAACAAAAAAAGCUCAUCGAAACGACUCUUCUUGAAUUAAACAUCUUAGAGGGAAAAGUCGAUAAAAUCAAGAAUUACGAUCAACUGGAUCUUGAAAAGCUGGAAAUUUUCUUGAAUUAUCACGAGAAACACAAUUUAAGAGCACAUGUAUUGUUUCAGAUGAAAAAUGAUGAAAAGGCUUUCAAAAUCUGGCAAGAUCUCCAUGCGGGAAGACUUGAGGAGACGAGCUUUAAUCUGGAUGUGAUUGUACACCAUUUGCAAAGAACCGAAAACCCGAAAGCUUUUGCGAAAACUCUCGAUUGGUUAUGCAAUGUGGAUUCAUCAAGAAUUAAAGAGAUUUUGAAUCGAUAUCGAUGCAUCUGUGAACCAAAUGAGAUCUUAAAAGCCUUGGAACAGAACAAAGAUUUACUCAUCUGGUAUUUGGAGGGACUACGAGGGAAUGGAGAUUUCAACUGGGAUACAACUUUGGCCAUUCAUUAUGUGGAAAUGAUAGAGAAUGAUAAAGCAACGGAUCCAAAUACGCAUUCGAAAUUGAGGGAGAUUCUGUUGAAGUCAAAACAGUUAGACCGAGGAGAGAUUGGGGAAAAAUUGGACAAUUUGGCAAAGCUGGAAGUUGAAAAGAUUCUUCUGGAAGCAAGGAUGAACCCUGAACAAGCCGUAUUAUCUUUGAUUCAAAAGCGAGAGCUCAAUGUAGCUGAGAUGGUUUGCACAGAAUUUGGACACGAGAAUCCCCAACUUGGGACGAUUUUGCUAAAAGAAUUCUUGGCAAAUCCAAAUAGCGCCUUCAGCACAGACAGCAUUGGUCGUCUCUUGAACAAAAUGGCUGGAUAUGCAAAUCCGGAAGAGAUCGUCAAGCAGUUGCCACCUGGAACAACGUUAAAUGAGAUCAGUGGCUUCUUGUCGAGAUCCCUUUCAUUUGUUGAUGGGAGAAGAGCGGCAGCUGAUAUGGGAGCUUAUUUUGCGACGAUUCGAGUUACUAAAGAAGGACAACCAAACGCCAAUUUCAAACAGAAACCUGUCUUGAUGGACGAAGACUCAACGUGUGCAGUCUGCAAAAGAUCAGUUUCCCUUAUUGAAAAGCUGAAAAUCUUGUCGACAGGUUUUGUCAUUCAUGCAGAUUGUAUGCCCCAUCCGCACCUCUGUCCUGUAACUAAUCAAAUUUUCCCUGAACAAAUGUUUGAGCCA